AUGAAGAGCAUGAAAGGGAAGCUACUGAAGAAAUUGAAGACAAUUAAAACAAUUGGGUAUCUGAAGCCUGAGAGGAUUCUUCUCGCCAAUGCUGCAGAUGGGUUCGUUCCUAGUUCUCCGCCCAAUUCUAAUGUCAGAGCUAACAACCACUCUGUUUCCAUUUCAGAAGAGCCCAAGAAGAUUGUUCUUCAUUGUGUUCAACCUCAAGAACCUGAGAUUAUUGAUGUUUCUGAGCUAAUGAAAGAUCUUGAAGAUCAAGAACUGGUGCUCUCCGGCGAUUUCAACGACAAGGAGAACAUUAGGCCAAAAACAGUGGCUAAAGAUUCAGUCUUUCCGAAGGGGGAUUUGGAGAAGUCAAGCCCAUUGAUGCGGAGAGGUGAAUUUAACGACAAGGAGAAUAUUAGUGUAAAUGCAAUGGGUAAAGAUUCGGCCUUUCUGAAAGGGAGUUUGGAGAACUCGAGUCCAUUAAUGAAGAAGAAAGAGGUUUCCCAGGGGAAAGAAAGGAAGGACAGCAGUACUGAAAAGAAAGUUUCCCCUUUGGGAGAGAUUAAGUUAUUGAAGUUCAGGAAGCCAGAUUUGGAAUCUGGGACCCUUUUUGAUCCCAGUCUUCUUGAAGCAUUUGAGCAGGCCGUAUUGGAAGUCAAAGCCCAAGAAGCAGAGAGAAGAGCUGAAAUUGCAGAGAGGAACUACCAAGAUAGUAGUGAAAAAGAACAGCCUUUAGAAGUUCAGAACAAUGAGGAAUUCUCGAAUCCAUUGUUAGAGUUUGAAGAGAAGUGUCCCCCGGGAGGCAGUGAUUCAGUGAUUCUGUACACCACAGGGCUUAGAGGGAUUCGGAAAACCUUCGAAGACUGUUACAGUAUUCGAUCCCUAUUGAAAAACUUGCGGAUUUCGUUCUUCGAAAGGGAUAUUUCAAUGCAUUCAGGAUUUAAGGAAGAGUUAUGGGCAACUUUAGGAGGAAAACUGUUGCCUCCGAGGCUGUUCAUCAAGGGAAGAUAUAUUGGUGGAGCAGAUGAGGUUCUGACAUUGCACGAGCAAGGGAAAUUUAAGCCAUUGUUGGAAGGAAUUCCUUUAGAUUCAUCUGAUUUCCAGUGUGAAGCUUGUGAUGGAAUAAGAUUUAUCGUUUGUUUUAACUGCAAUGGGAGCCGGAAAAUCAUUCCUCAUGAUGGCAAUGGAAAUGGUGAGUCUGACGAAUGUCCACAUUGUAAUGAAAACGGCAUUCUCAUCUGCCCCAUGUGUUCUUAA